ACCCUUCCACCUCUACGCCAUCUUCAGUUUUUCUACUUUUUCACCUAUCUGCAAAAUCUUUUUUUUCUUCUCCUCUUAUUUCAUUCAUCCCCCGAUCCCCAGCCAAAUGAAUACAUAAAUAACAAAAACAAUCCAAUACUCACCAAAUGUAUGUUAUUGUCAAGUAACUUGACAAACAAUGGCUGCGAGUAUUCCAGGCUUAAACCCUGCCAAAACCCUAAAACCCAUCAAUCCACCAUCUUCAAUCAAAAAAAGUUUACAUUUUUCAUCAUUAUCACCAAGACCCACUUUCAAAUUUGAUCAAAGAUUGCCCAAGAUUUCAAUUGUAAUGGCAACAAAACAAGAAAAUAAGGGGUUGGAUUUGAAUUUGGAUGUUUUGACUGAAAGUGAAAGGAGAAAUGAAGUUAUAAAUGCUGCUAAAAACUCGAUAUCGAAUUGUCUUUCGGAGACGAAUCUUCAUCUUACUAUUCCUUCUCUCAAGUCCAAAACCAGAGGAAAGGUUAGGGAUAUUUAUGAUGGAGGAGAUUAUCUAGUGUUGGUUACUACAGAUCGACAAAGUGCUUUCGAUAGAGUUCUUGCUUCAAUUCCAUUCAAAGGACAGGUUCUUAAUGAUACGAGUGUUUGGUGGUUCAACCAGACACAACAUAUUGCCCCCAAUGCAAUUAUAGCAGUUCCGGAUAAAAAUGUUACCAUUGCUAAGAAGUGUUCUGUUUUUCCUGUAGAGUUUGUUGUUAGAGGAUAUGUGACUGGAAGUACUGAUACAUCAUUAUGGACUGUAUACAAGAAUGGUGUGCGAAAUUACUGUGGCAAUGCUCUUCCUGAAGGAAUGGUGAAAAAUGAGAAGCUACAUGCAAAUAUAAUCACUCCAACAACUAAAGCUGCAGAUCAUGAUGUUCCUAUUACUCCAAACGAGAUAGUCCAACAAGGGUUGAUGAGUCAAGCUGAUUAUGAUGAAGCGAGUAGGAAAGCAUUAAGUCUGUUCGAGUAUGGCCAGCACGUGGCAUUACAACAUGGCUUGAUAUUAGUCGAUACUAAAUAUGAAUUUGGAAAGGGCGCUGAUGGUUCUGUGCUGCUGAUUGAUGAGGUCCAUACGCCAGAUUCAAGCAGAUACUGGUUAGCGCAUUCCUACGAGUCUCGGUUUCAGAAUGGUCUUGAACCUGAAAAUGUUGAUAAGGAGUUUUUGAGGUUAUGGUUCAAAAAUCACUGCAAUCCCUAUGAGGACAAGGUUCUCCCUGAUGCCCCAGAAGAGCUUGUUACUGAACUCGCUUGGAGAUACAUUUUCUUGUACGAGACAAUAACAAAAUCAAAAUUUGAGAUACCCGAGAAAAUGGAACCUAUACAUGAUCGAAUAACCCGUAAUGUCUCAAAGGCAUUAUUAUCACUAUAGAACUAGCUUCAAACUAGGCGAUAAGUGUGGUUAAUAAUAAUCAAUGUCUAGUGUAGGUUUAUUACAAGAGUAUGUUUUGAUGAUAUGUUCGAUUGGCUGUACCAUCUUUGUAUUGGUUCAUUUAAGUUUUCUUACUUACGACUUAAAUAUGGUUCUUACCUUGGAACUAAGGUAUGAUGGUUAAGAUACUGUUUCAGAUUUUAAGGUCUUGCAAUUUUGAUCAACAAAAA